AUGGGUACUCAAAAGAAGGAAAAGGAAAGAAGGGUGAGACAAAAUGAUACAAGGGAUUCUAAUUUAAGAGUUAAAGGUGAAAAUUUUUAUAAAGAUGCUAAGAAAGUUAAACUUUUAAAUAUGUAUAAACAAGGUAGGGCCAUUAGAAAUAAAAAAGGUGAAAUAAUUAAAGCAGCUGAUUUACAACUGACUGAUGCUCCCAUUGCAAGGGUUGACCCUAAUAGAAAAUGGUUUGGAAAUACUCGAGUCAUUGCUCAAGAUGCUUUAAGUCAUUUUAGAGAAGCGAUGAGCGAUAAAAAAGACGACUCAUAUCAGAUACUUUUAAAAAGGAAUAAAUUGCCAAUGUCAUUAUUAAAUGAAAAAGAUUCAGAUCAAUCCCCUACUGCAAAGAUAGUAGAAACAGAGAGUUUUGAAUCUACAUUUGGACCCAAACAGCAAAGGAAAAAACCUAGAGUACCAGCAGCAAAUUUGGAAGAAUUAAUGAAAAGUGCAGAAACUGAUUCUAGUCAAUAUGAGGAGAAACAAGAGUUAGAUUCAACUUUAGGUUUAAUGGGUGGUUCUAUUCUUGAUAAAGAUGAUUUUACUCAAGAAGCUAAGGAAGCUAUUUUUCAUAAAGGUCAAUCAAAAAGAAUAUGGAAUGAAUUAUAUAAAGUUAUUGACUCUUCGGAUGUGGUUAUUCAUGUGUUGGAUGCUAGAGAUCCAUUGGGAACUCGAUGCGAAUCGGUAGAAAAGUAUAUAAAAGAUGAAUGUCCUCACAAGCAUUUGAUUUAUGUAUUGAACAAGUGUGAUUUGGUCCCAACAUGGGUGGCGGUAUGUUAAUUGUAGCUGGAGUUUUCAUUUGAUUUUAUUGUCAUUUCAUGGUAAAUACCAAAGCCUUUUGUCAGGGUGAUAUUUUUCAAUCUUGUAAUUUACUAAUUGCAUAAUUACAGUAUUGCCUGUUACGACUUUGGAAUAUCAAUACAAUUCGAUCCGUGUUCAACCUAUUUUGGUUUUUGGUUAUCGUUUUGAUAAUCGAAGUAGUUCACAAUUAAUAUCAAUAGUUUUUGUUGAUAAUCUUUAGAAUUGUUAUGGAUUCUUUUUGAGUUGAAGCUAAUUUAAGCUAUGAGCUUAAUUCAAUAAUUAGUUUCGUAGUAUAGAAACCGACAUUUAAAUUUUGAAACAAUUUUUAAUGACUUAUAAUUUGACUGAUAAACUCCACUCAACUUUAGUUUUAUGUUUUGGUUACUAACUACUAAAUUUUAGGCAGCAUGGGUGAAACAUUUGUCUAAAUCAUAUCCAACUUUAGCAUUUCACGCUUCUAUAACUAAUUCAUUUGGUAAAGGAUCUUUAAUUCAAUUGUUGAGACAAUUUUCUACAUUACAUUCUGAUAGAAAACAAAUAUCAGUAGGGUUCAUUGGAUACCCAAAUACAGGGAAAUCUAGUAUUAUAAACACUUUGCGUAAGAAGAAGGUUUGCCAAGUUGCUCCAAUUCCUGGUGAAACAAAAGUUUGGCAGUAUAUUACUUUAAUGAAAAGAAUUUUUUUAAUUGAUUGUCCUGGUAUUGUUCCUCCUUCUUCCAAAGAUUCAGAAUCUGAUAUAUUAUUUCGAGGAGUUGUUAGAGUCGAACAUGUUUCAAAUCCAGAACAAUAUAUACCUGAUAUGUUGAGAAAAUGUGAAAGGAAACAUUUAGAAAGAACUUAUGAGAUUAAAGGAUGGUCAAAAUUUGAAGAAGAUGAAUCAUUAAUGGAACAAGCCAGUACAGAAUUCUUGGAGUUAAUUGCUAGAAAACAAGGUAGGUUAUUGAAAGGAGGAGAGCCCGACGAAAUUGGUGUAUCGAAGCAAUUAUUGAAUGAUUUUAAUAGGGGUAAGAUACCUUGGUUUGUUCAACCUCCAGCUGACGAGGAAAAACGAACAGGUGAAGAUAAAAAAGCUCAUUAUAAGAGAAAAAGGGAAAUUAAAGAAGAAGAAAAUGACAAUAAUAAAAAAGUAAAAGUUGAUGAUAAUUUGGGAUGA